AUGAAAAUUCUAAGUAAUCCCCUUCGGGCUAUAAAUUCCAGACAUAUAAACGGUAGCCAAUUCCAGGCCUGGCCGCACCUACGCCGAACCAGACAAAAUGCCCAGGAUGGCGAAACACCCAGACUCUCCGAGCGUAACAGGGCCAUCAUUCACAUCGUCAAGAUGUGCAUCCUGCUGCUCCUCUGGCUGGGCUGCACCGUUAUCGUCUUCGUGUUUGCCGCCGAGGAAAAGCCGCUCAAUACGAUGGUCACCGUGAUGCCCAACCAAACGGUUUUGCGUAAGGUGGACCUGCCCCACAAUGGGGUGAGAGUAACGCUGCUCGGACCCGUGGACUGGGAGCUCAUGCGGUUUCCCGAGGAGGAUAACGGGGUUUACGGGGCGGGCCUGCGGUUGGAGUGGCGCAAUUCCGAUUUGAAUGUCACCUACCGCCGGACGGACAUGUGGAACAUUGUGAUGGCCAGCGAUGGAACGUCUUACAACGAGGUGUCCAAGAACUUCAGGAUGCACCAUCAGGCAGAUCGACAGGCUGUAAUCUCCCUGGAGAGCAAGCAGGACUCACCGGUGUCCCUGCACAUGGUGGUCAACAACAAUCCCCUGAUCACCGACAUGUGCGUCCUUUAUGCCGGCCUCCUGAUUCUCGGCCUUUACAUGCUGAUCAUUUUCGACAUUAUAGAUCACACCUUCGCCGCCCUCAUCAUAGCCACUACUGCGAUCGCCGUUCUGGGGAUCCUGGAGCAUCGGCCCAAUGUGCACACGAUCAUAUCCUUUGUCAACUUCGAGUCCCUGAUGCUGCUCUUCGGUCUGAUGACCAUUGUGGACAUAAUGGCGACCACUGGCGUCUUUGAAUAUUUGGUUGUUGGCACCUACAGGAUCUCCAGGGGUCGUCCUUGGCCUUUGAUAUUUUUCCUGAGCAUGCUGACCGCAUUUCUGUCCGCCUUCCUGAACAGCGACAUUAUGGCUUUGGUGUUGACCCCCAUAACCAUACGAUUGUGCGAGGAGAUGUCCUUGCGGACAACCUACGUGCUAGUCGUAGUGGCCAUAUUCGCGGACAUGGGUGGCGCCCUCACGCCCAUGGGCAAUCCUCCGAAUGCCAUCGUAACCACCAAUCCGGCUGUGGUGGCCGAAGGCGUUGACUUUGUCCAGUUCGUGAUACACAUGCUGCCGGGAGUGCUGGUCGCCAUGUUCGUGGUCUUCGGGAUAGUCUAUGCGACGCAUAGGAAGAGUAUCUUCGUGCUGGACCAAAAUCAAUUGGAUCUGAUGGAGGAGAAGAAGACGGCGGGGGACAAGAAGCCACCCAGCCAGGAGACCCUGGAGCGCAUAGCUCAAUUGAAGCAGAAAAAGCCGGGAAGGUAUUGGCUGAAUCCCGUGGAUAACUUUGCAGAAACGUUGGCGGGUCUGGAGGAGGGCAAUCGGAUUAGGGACAAGCCGCUGCUAAUCAAGUGCUGCAUCGCCCUGAUCUUCGCCCUCCUCUGCAUGAUCCUCCACUCGAUACCCACGGUGGCCGAUGGCGCCUCCCUGGGUUGGGUGACCCUGCUGGCCGCCUUCCUGCUCAUCAUCCUGGACGACAAGAACGACUUGAACGCCACUCUGGGCAUCAUCCAGUGGAUCAUUCUCCUCUUCAUCGCCGCCCUCUUCGUGCUCUCGGAGGCCGUGGAUCAGCUGGGACUCUUCGAGUGGAUCGGGGACCGGACUGUGGUCCUGCUGACCAGCCUGGAACCGCAGCACCAGACGGCGGUGACCACCAUGGUGCUCCUCUGGACCACCGCCCUACUGACGAUCUUCAUCGACAACGCCGCCGUCACCAUCUUUAUGCUAAAGUUCAGCUUCCAAAUGGCCAGCAAGGAUGACAUUCCACUGCCCCCGAUGUUCUGGGCCCUGACAUUCGGCGCCUGUUUCGGGGGAAAUGGAUCCCUGUUCGGGGCCGUCUCUAAUGAGAUCAUCGCCCUGAUCGCCCUCCAGCAUGGCUACAAGAUCUCCUUUUGGCACUUCUUCGUCAUCGGAUUCCCGUUGAUGCUGGUGACCAUGGUGAUCGGUUCCGCUUACCUUCUAAUUGCCCACUCGGCCUUAAACUGGAACUAAGCCCCGAGUUUCAGUUGGUAAGCAAAGAAAAUAUUUGUAUGUAAUUGCAAAUAUCAAUGUAUUUUGUCCAUAUACCUGUCAUAUCGAAAUAUAAAUCUUAAUAAUAUUAUCUUUAUU